CACCCCACCACGUCUGCGGAGUGGGUGCCGGCUCCCUCCCCGAGGGGUGGGAGCGAGGAGCUGGGUGAUGGACUUGACAAACCCCUGGAGAACGACGCCGAGGGUGUGUGGAGCCCCGACAUCGAGCAGAGCUUCCAGGAAGCCCUGGCAAUUUAUCCACCAUGUGGCCGCAGGAAGAUAAUCCUCUCUGAUGAGGGCAAGAUGUACGGGCGGAACGAGUUGAUAGCGAGGUACAUCAAACUUCGCACGGGGAAGACACGGACCAGGAAGCAGGUAUCCAGUCACAUCCAGGUUCUUGCCCGACGGAAGGCCAGGGAGAUCCAGGUGAAGCUCAAGGAUCAGGCAGCCAAAGACAAAGCCCUCCAGAGCAUGGCCACCAUGUCCUCUGCUCAGAUCAUCUCUCCCACAGCCUUCCAGAACAAGAUGGCUCUCCAGGGUCUCUCGAGACCAGCUUAUCCUACUGCUGGUGGAUUCUGGCACGGGACAAUUCCAGCUCAGACAGGAGGCCAUGAGGACAUUAAGCCCUUCUCCCAGCAGAGUUAUGCCAUGCAGGCGUCAGGCCCGACCCCGAUAACAGGUUAUGAGAGCACAGCAGGACUGUCCAUGUCUCCCGGCGCCCCCCCUUGGCAAGGCAGAAGUAUUGCCAGUUCCAGGCUGCGGAUGCUGGAGUUUUCCGCCUUCCUGGAGCAACCUCAGGACUCGGAGACUUUCAACAAGCACUUGUUUGUGCACAUCGGACAGUCCAACCCCAGCUACAGUGAUGCCUACCUGGAGUCCGUGGACAUCCGGCAGAUCUACGACAAGUACCCCGAGAAGAAAGGGGGCCUGAAAGAGCUGUUUGACAAAGGGCCACACAACGCUUUCUUUCUCGUCAAAUUCUGGGCGGACCUCAGCGUAAACCUGCAGGACGACAGCAGCUUCUUCUAUGGCGUGUCCAGCCAGUACGAAAGCUCUGAGAACAUGGUCAUCACCUCGUCCACC